UGUGCAAAAGGGAAAGGCGAGUCAACCGCUCGGAGACCCUCUUCCAGGGAGGGCGACCUCAGCAGGGACUGGCAGCUGGCAGGGAACCUGGAAGGUGAGGCAAAGGGACCUUUGGACCUAGAUUUGCUCCCAAAGCAGAAGGAAGAAAGGCCCUGGAAGGCAUCGUGGCUGUUUUGUGGCACCUGCUGCUCUUUUCAGAGGCAAGGAGUGAGCUGCGAUGAAUGCUAUAGUGGUCCUCUGCCAUUUCUGUGAGCUGCAUGGCCCGCGUACCCUCUUCUGCACGGAAGUCCUGCACGCCCCCCUUCCGCAGGGCACAGGGAAUGGGGAUAGCCCCGGGCAGAGCGAGCAGCCAGAAGAGGAGGAAGGGGGCAUUCAAAUGAGUAGCCGGAUUCGGUCACACAGCCCAGCGGAGGGUGCCAGUGCAGACUCAAGCAGCCCGGGACCAAAGAAGUCAGAUAUGUGUGAGGGGUGCCGUUCUCUUCCAGCGGGGCACCCGGGCUAUGUUAGCCAUGACAAAGAGACCUCCAUCAAAUACGUCAGUCACCAGCACCCAAACCAUCCACAGCUCUUCAGCAUCGUACGCCAGGCCUGUGUACGCAGCCUCAGCUGUGAGGUGUGUCCAGGCCGCGAAGGCCCCAUCUUCUUUGGCGACGAGCAGCAUGGCUUUGUGUUCAGCCACACUUUUUUCAUCAAAGACAGCCUGGCCCGAGGCUUCCAACGUUGGUACAGUAUCAUCACCGUAAUGAUGGACCGCAUCUACCUCAUCAAUUCCUGGCCAUUCCUUCUGGGCAAGAUCCGAGGGAUCAUUGAUGAACUGCAGGGCAAAGCGCUGAAGGUUUUUGAAGCGGAGCAGUAUGGCUGUCCGCAGCGGGCCCAGCGCAUGAAUACAGCCUUCACUCCUUUUCUGCACCAGAGGAACGGCAACGCAGCUCGUUCACUCACCUCACUGACCAACGAUGAAAACCUGUGGGCUUGUCUCCAUACUUCCUUCGCAUGGCUCCUAAAGGCUUGCGGAAGCCGUCUCACGGAGAAACUGCUGGAGGGUGCCCCUACCGAGGACACACUUGUUCAGAUGGAAAAGCUAGCAGAUCUUGAGGAAGAAUCUGAAGGCUGGGAUAUUUCUGAGGAGGAAGACGGGAAACCUUCCAGCCAGGCAGGAAUUGGGGAAGGCUGCAGACUGAUCAAGAGCCCAACCGAUUCUUCUCUGAUGUUGGAUUGUGGUAGCUGGAACGGAGCAGCUAGGAACCAGUCUGUUUUCCGGUCCCUCCGGCACUUGAGACAGGUGCUGGGGGCAUCAGCUUUUCACAUGCUGGCAUGGCACGUGCUCAUGGGGAAUCAAGUCAUCUGGAAAGCACGGGAUCUAGAUCUUGUCCAGUCUGCGUUUGAUGUUCUACGGACCAUGCUUCCCGUUGGUUGUGUUCGGAUCAUCCUCUACAGUGACAAAUAUGAGGAAGCUUAUCGGUGUAACUUCCUAGGGCUCAGUCCUCAAGUACCAGUCCCACCACAUAUUCUAUCAUCCGAAUUUGCUGUCCUCGUGGAUGUCCGCACUGCCACCCGUUCCAGCCUGUACCCUGUGUUGUUUGAUGACGAGCAGCCACUUAGCAAGUAUGAAUUUGUGGUCACCAGUGGGAGCCCUGUGGGGACGGACAGAGUUGGCCCCACCAUCUUGAACAAGAUUGAAGCUGCUCUGAUGAAUCAGAAUCUUUCGGUGGAUGUUGUGGACCAAUGCCUCAUCUGCCUGAAGGAGGAGUGGAUGAAUAAAGUGAAGGUCCUUUUCAAGUUCACCAAAGUGGACAGCAGGCCUAAGGAAGACACCCAAAAGCUACUGAGCAUUUUGGGAGCUGCAGAGGAGGACAAUGUGAAGCUGCUGAAGUUCUGGAUGACAGGCCUGAGCAAGACGUACAAAUCUCACCUCAUGUCAACCGUUCGCAGUCCAACAUCAUCGUCCUUGGAGUCUCGAAAUUAGCUUGGAGUUCCCUGGCAGUUCUUGGGAAUCCUUCACUUUGGCUUUCCCUGUGCUCCAGGUCUGAGGACUGAUGCAAGGAAUAAUGAGAUUCCUCUGGCUUUGGCAUAUCCAUGGAGAGUUACAGUUUACUACUAUAUACUACUGUACACACAGAUGCCUUAAUGUCCUCUGUGCUGGUUUCCAGGAAUUCAGGCGCACUCGUUCUCCCUACUUAUGGGGAUGUCUCCAUGCCUGUUGGCCAGAAAAUACAAUGAUGUCUUGGAGCAUGCAUUUCUGACCAAUAUUCAAAGCUGGGAAUGGUAAAUUUGGCUGCCUCUCAGGGCUUUUUCUAGGUGAUAACUGAGGGCACAUUGAGGCUUCUGGCCUUCUCUGACACGAUGCUUGGCAAGUGAGAAGCACUUACUUGUUUUCAGAUUGGUAGAGGUCUCCUUUACCGGCAUUGCUGUAUGUUCUUAAUAUUUGUGUGUUAAGGAGAGCCCCUCUGUUAAUUUUACAAUUGUGAACAACUUGCAGAUUUGUCUAGGGAUGGGUUAAUGAAAUUUAGAAAAUGUUGUUCAUGGCAAUAGAUUUCCUAGUCUCCAUGCAGCCAAAAGCAAAACAAGAGGCUGUUUUUUUGUAUCGAGGACAGCUUGGGCUGGUAGACGUGCACUGUGAUUGGGCUGUUUUUUUGUAUAAUCUGCUGGAUAUAUGGACUCAAAACAGCCCUUGUCCUGGAAAGAGAAACUUAAUUUUCAUAUUUGGAGGGAAUUUGCUUGUAAUGCCAUGAACUUUAUAUUCUCGUGAAAGGCAGUGAAAACUUCAAGUUGCAUCCCUCACUCCUCCUCUAGAUAUGUAGAUUUGGUGCUUUCAAGAAAAUCAAAACUGUUUUUAAUGAUAAGAUCUUUUUUCAGUAUCAAGUGGACAAGAAGCAACACUACAAGUACAUUACAUACUGAUAUCUGGUAUUUAUGUAACAGCCAACAUCUGGUCAGACAGUUGUUUGUUCAGCUAUAAGAGAAAUGUUAGGUUUGAGGUUACAAAAGUGAGAAAUUCUUUUACUCCUGUGUGUUCUGGAGUAGGGGGAGAGUAAAAUCUGACUUCAUUUGGACUUUGAAUUGUGUCUUUUGAUGUUUAUGCUACAGACAAAGGUGAGUGGGGGCUGCAUGUUGGUCUGUCUCAAUUUGGCAAUUGCUAUUUAAGAUGCCUUCAUUAGUAUUUGCUGCUGCAAACAUUGUGGGCAAAUGUGUCCCUAGAAUGGACAGGAUGGCAUAGCAUAGUAAAAAGUGAUGAAAUGGGAUUUCCAGAUAUCAGAACAUUAUGCUUUGGGACUGGCUCUAAGAACCUUUUUAUCCCCAUGUUGUCCAUUUUUUUUUAUAUUUGCUAGUUGUAUAGUACUUUGCCAUUUCUUUUGCUGGGGACAUUCCCCUCCCUCAUCCUGAAAAAUGUUUAUGUUGAAAUUUAAAAUGGGAGAAAUGAAGAUGAUUUUUAAAAACUUGACAUAUUUAGCUGUUUGUACAGUGAUCUCUGUAAACUGUUAACAUUAUCUCAGCCUGUGUGGUUUAAAUAUUUUUUAAAAAAUAGCCGUGGCAUGUUUCCUAUGCAAGAAAAAUUCCCUAAGAAGUUUUACUAGAGGAUGGAUUUACUAGAUUUAUAUUGAUUUUGUUGAUGUUGUCAUUUUAAUUUAUAAGCUACAUUCAGUUUGUAGACUGUGAAACCAAAUAAAACAGUCAUUUUUGUCCCAGCAGGGAAGCCUGGUUUUUAAUAUCUUGAGGCAUACACUUCUACAGUGUGUGUGUAUACAAGCGCACACAUGUAUUAGUUUAAGGACUACUAGCCGCUCAUUGCUGCCUCAAAUGCAUGGUCUUUAGCCAGGUAAUAAUCUUCUGAGCAGAUUUUGUUUUUAUUGCAGUGAAAUUAUAUGUAUUUUCCAAACAUACUUUUCUGAUAAUACACACUGAGUUAAUAAAUUACAUAAGAUUCAUCUGUACGAUA